AUGGGCGAAAUCGCACAUUAUGAAAUAAACAAUUGUGAAGGUUUGUUGAAAUCCCUUCAAGCUUCGGUCCACUCUUUAUUGACCCGUUAUUUGGUCUCAUGGAACAAGUUAAUUACGACUACUCCCACUUCCCGUGACCGAAAAGACACCAUCAAGAAAGAGUUUGUGACCCUUGAAGAAAUAAACAUGGUCAUGGCUCAACUAGGGUUCCAACAAUGUUGCGGUUAUGAUGCCAAUAUCGACAUUGUGUCAAUGUUUGAUGAUGAGGAGCCAAGUUUGGGUGAAGUUAGGAUGGCUUUUGAUGUGUUUGAUGAGAACUCAGAUGGGUUCAUAGAUGAGUUUGAGUUGCAGAGAAUGAUGUUUAAAUUUGGACAACUAGAAAUGGCAAAGUUGGAAGAAUGUAGAAAUAUGAUCAAAGGUUUUGAUAUCAAUGGGGAUGGACUCAUUGAUUUUAAUGAGUUUGUUAAGCUCAUGGAGUCAUGUUCAUUUUGA